UCGGUCCUCUUAUUUGCGUAACCUUGUCUAUUGCGCUAAUUCCGGCGUCAUAUUUUGAAAAUGGAAGCCGAAGCAAAUAUUUCAUGUGAAAGGGAGAAAUGCUUAAAUUCGCCUACUGCGCGCCUGAGCGAUGUGGAUGACAUCUCCGAUAUUGACGUAGAAGAUGUUGUAGACAAGCUGCACAAGACGAUAACAUCGAAACCAGUCUACGAUGAGAAGAGAAGCAUUUUCAAUACCACACUCGACCUGGCGGAAGCGGGAUCUAUUUGUGAAACAGCCGGUGCUGCCAUUGAGGCGUAUAUGGAGAGCGUUGUGCAGGAGAAACAAAAUUGGGAAUCCUUUGCCACCAAAUACAUGCACAGACCGGGCGCAUUUGGCCCUGCGGGAGGCGUUACCUACAGGCCCAGCGAGGAGCAGCUGGCCUACCUCGGUCAAGGCCCCAAUCUACAAAGCUUUAUACGCGGAUUUAGCACGUUUAUGAACGAUGGAACGACGUUCAUGCUGGAGUUUGAGGAAAUCCAAGAGAUACAGGAAAACCUAAAGGAGUGCUGUCAGUCCCUGGCAUGCCAAAUACAACGCAUCAACAUAGCCGAAUCUCAGACAAAUAGAAUGCGCGACGAAUGAAAC